AUGGAGGGAAUUCAUGCCCCCGCAAAAGUACAGGCCUCGACCGAUGAAGAUGUCAGGGAGAAGAUAGCAAUUCAAUCAAGAGAAAAUUACGAACAAGAACCAAAGCCGCUUCAAGUUGAAACGGUCCUAAAUCUCCUUCGUGGUCGAAAUACGUUCCUGCUAGCGGCGACUGGCUUUGGGAAAUCUCGAAUCUCGGAAAUGUACCUCCGAAUGCUUCCCAAAAACCCUCAUGGAGAUAUUAUUGGGGUAGUAGUUGUCUUGAACCCUCUCGAUGCCCUUGGAGACAAUCAAGUUGAAGAGAAAGUCGCUGCUGGGUUCACAGCAAUCAACUUGACCAAGCCGAAUUUCUCUCAAGAGGCUUGUCUAGAAAUCCAGGAAGGCUCAUACAACUUUGUCUACCUAUCGCCUGAAAUGUUCCUUGAUAACGAAGCAUUCAGCAACAUUUACUUCUCACCGAAGUUCCAAAGCAAACUGGCUUUGAUUGUGGUGGAUGAAGCCCACAUGAUUUACUCAUGGGGCUUGGUUGAGGGCGGCCAAAAGAAGCUUAAGACUAUAGUGCGGCACCAGGAUGUUUCUGCUUUUCGGCCUCAUUAUGGCAGCCUAGCAACCCAACUCUUAACAAAGAAUCAGGCACCUCUAUUGCUAAUGUCUGCGACUUGCAGGCCAGCGGCAAUAACGGCUAUCAAAAAGAAUCUCAAAUUGCUUGACACACACAUCGAUCUUCUCCGCGAUGAACUGACUAGACCCGAAAUCCGAAUCCUGAGAAUCCCCAUGAAAAGCUCGAUCCAGUCUUGCGCCGACAUUUUACAGGUUUAUGAUCCAAAAUCUCAUAUUCCUGACGAGCAAGUUGUCCCAUCUUUGAUAUACAGUGGGACCCGACUACGAACCCUACAAGUACUAGAGGUUUUAGAUCAAGCUCGUGGGACUCCCAGCAAUCAUUUGAAUCCACGGAACUCGUUUGCCCGUCGAUAUCAUGCCUGCACAGGCGAGUUAGACAAGAAGGAUGUUAUCAAUGACUUUGCUUCUGGAAAGAUCGUUCACAUAGGUCGCGGCGAUCCCUCCCUUAUCUGCCAGAUGAUAGGACGAUGUGGCCGGGAUGGUCGCCCUGGCUUGGCUAUUCUUUUUGUUGAGACCAACCGACCCAACGGAAAAAAUAGUAUUGCGGACUUUCCACCCGGUCAUGUUCAAUCAGAUGAAGACCGGAUGGAUGCACUUGCAAUCACUCCGGUCUGUCUCCGGAUUGCAUUCUCUAUGGAUAACUUGAUUGGUUACAUACCGCUUGAUUUCAAUGAUCCCCUUUACCAAUCUGAGAAGCGUCGCGAGGAACUUAAUGGAUUUCCACCCUGCAUGUGUUCCAAUUGUAUGGAGCAUGCUGGCACCCUUCUGGUGCAGAAUCUGAAAAAUUUGAAUAAGGACAACUUCGGUGACUACGUAAUGAAUCAAGUGGCACUGAAUGCGGUGGAUACUACUGAAACCAAGCGGAAAUACAACAUUGUUCGAAACGGUCCAACAACUAAGAAACAAGAGCGAGUACAACUGGCGCCUUUGAGAAAAAUUUUGCAAGAGACAUUCAACAGCUUCUAUCGAAAUACUUUUGGUGAAGCAGGCUCAUUGGUACCCACCAAUCUCUUUGGUGUUGUGGAGAUCGAUUCAAUUAUUAAUUACUUUGGGCAGAUUCAAUCGGAGAGUGAUCUCCGACGGGUUAUCAAAGGGGAAAUGGUUAAAGGACAGCUGGGGGUUUUGAUGAAAUCGAUUGACAUGUAUAGAUUGAGAGGAACAAGUGAAACAAAUACUAUAGCAACAGGAGAACUCGAACCCUCGGUAACUGAUAAAGAGGCUACAAGUGACCAACCCAAUGAACCUUCAGAUCCGAUCGAUUCAAGCACUGCAAAACGACCUCGAAAGAAUGCAGUAUCACCAGAAAUCUUAAGACAACGAGAGCUGGCAGCUGCUGAAAAGAAAAAAGCAAAGCAACAGAGAUUGGAGCUCCAGAUACAAGAACAAGAGGCCAAGGCUCGACGUGCCGCGUGGCAUCUACAAAACAUGAAUGAAAUUAAAAAGGCUCAUGGUCUACUUUAG